UCUGCCACAGGAUGUGUGAGGCUCAGUCGCUGCAGCGCCGUGGGAGUGCUUCAAUCAGAGGCACAGUGAGGAUGUGAAGCAUUACCGGGCUUGAUCAAGAUGAGAGCUUGCUGGAUGUUACUGAUGCUCCUGAGCUGCAGGUUAUCUCAUGCCGCCAAGUCCCAGGAGAGCUGCGCCUGCAAAGACCAGAUCACGAUAGUGUGCGUGCCUGCCGGAGGCGACGUGCUCGUGCCCUGCCCGAAGUUGGCCGGCGAAGACAUGAUAUUCAACCUGUUCAAGGACGACGAAGUGAUUCGCAACCACACGUGCAUCGGUGACACGCAGGCCUCGGACUGCAAACCCCGGUACACCGGGGCUGGCGUGAAGCUGCUUGAAAACACAGACAAUAACUCAUUCAGCUUCACGCUCACCGGGGUGAAGGCCGGCAGCUACGGCAUCUACGGCUGCGAGGGCACACGCAUGUUCCCUCCUCCCUUCGUAACAAGCACUCUGUGGAUGCUGCUGCUUGUGGAAGGACACCAAUGCAACUUCCACCAAGACGACAGGACGCCCGGACAUCAAUACAAUGACUUUCUCUGGAUUUGGAUUCUGGGGCUGGCACUUCUUGGCACCUACAGCCUCACCAUCACCAUCAUCAUCUUGGUCAAGUGGAGGACGUCGGAUAGCCAGAGAGACUACGUGAACACCAGACCCAAAACACACAAGGACCGCCGGAAGAAAAGAGGGCUUUAGAUUCAGAUUCCACGUCACUUCUGAUCUCCAUUUGCACAGCUAUUAGUUUAAAUGCAAACACACAGGGCGGGUGAGGGGGUUUUAACCACAUUCAAAGGGUUUCUUGUAAAUCAAGAGUGACCAUAAUUUCAAAAUGUAAAAAAAAAAAAAGCCGUUACAGGUCUGUAAAGAAAAAGAAAAAAGCAUACACACAUUUCCUUGGGCGAUCUAAUUUCUGAGAAGGCAGAAAUAUUUUCGUGAAAGUUUUGGUGAGUUUGAUGAGAACCAGACGUACAACAAGGAGAGGCAAACACUUGAAACAACACCAACCUGCACCGUUUCCUGCCAUCCUCCCUCUACGUUUAAAAUAAAUAAAAGUUCUUCUCUAAUCCUU